AUGGAUUGUGCAGCAAAGCUUAAAGAGUUUACAGCAGAGGACUUGAAAGCAUGCACCAAUGGUUUUCACCAGAACAACCUGAUUGGAGAUACUCAGUUUGGCAAAUUAUAUAGAGGACAGAUUAAGCUAGGGUUUAUUGGAGCAGAUCAAGCUCGAGCCGUUACAGUCAAAAUAUGGGAUGAGAAGUCAAGGUGCAUAACAUCCAUACAUGAUGAGUUUCUGAUGGUUAAGGAAGAAGUUCAGUUUUUAACACAUCCAAGUAUAAAUGGUCAUCCAAACUUGGUGAAAUUGAUUGGUUAUUGCUGUGAAAAGGAAGUCAAGGCUGUUGUCUAUGACCUCAAUCCAUGGGAUACUCUGCAUAAUUUGACAGUGAAAGAUUAUCUCAACUGGGUUCAGAGGCUCAAUGUGCUUCUCCAAUUUGCACGCCUCCUUGAAUUUCUACACAACCAGGACAAGCCAUAUUUGGUGUUGAACAUCAAUGCAUCUCAUAUAAUGCUGGAUUGGGAUUGCAGGCCAAAAUUAUUUGAUUUUGGACACAUUACUGGAGGAAUCAUUGGUGAAAUGACCACACUAAAAAAGCAGAUACCAAUCUCCAUUGGCUUUGUUGAUCCAUUUUUCACUGCAAAAGGUGGUAGUUUUUGGCACACAAGCUGUGAUGUGUUUUCAUUUGGUGUGAUUCUCUUAGGCCUAAUAGCUAAGAGAGGCUUUGAGCCAGUGUGUGUGGAAAAACCCCAUUUGGGACUGGACGGUUUAGUACAGUACUGGGCCAAGAAGGAAUACAAGCCCAAUGGGUCACUUGUCCACAGGAGCUUGCAGGAAGACUGGGGUUACGUUGAUGAAGAUGGUCUUGCAAUUACAGAGCUGGGAAUGCGUUGUGUUGAAUUCUUCCCAAGAAACCGCCCUACAAUUAAGAAAACUGUUGAGCUUCUUGGGGGUUUACUGGUUUUUCAACGCUUUGGUGAUGCCAGGCCUAACAAAAGAGAAAAGACAUUUCACGGGAUUGGCAACCAUGCAGGGGGCACGUGA